AUGUCCGCCAUGCUACAGAACUUGUCUCUGCUCCUCAUCAUGAUCACCCUGUCGUCAGUCACAGCGCAGACCUUCCAAUAUUCUCGCGGCUGGAAGAACGGCAAGCGAGACAGGACUAACACUCAUCAUGACCUCAACAAGCCAGAAAAGAUCAGCCUCUGUCAGAUCCAGAAGCUGCAGUAUCUUCUAGACGGGAAGGUAACUGAGAGUCUGUUGAUGCCCUGCGAUUUGGAAGAGCCGAGCCGACAGAAACUCAAGAUCUCUCAAGAUUUCUACGACAACUACCAGUAA